AUGAGGGCGCUUUCGGUGGCCCUGUUCGGAGCAGGCUACCACAGAGGACUCAUCACUAUGAAGGUCGGCUGCUCCAGCCUCAUAGUGCUGGCGCCGCUGUUUCUAUGCGCCAUCGUCCAGUCGCUACCGACGGGCCACAAGGCCGGAGAGCACGUUCCUGACGAAGUUGAACAGUUAGAUCAGCUUAGAAAAGCAACAGGAGCCAAGGCGACGAAACUGGUUGAGGUGGAGUCGUCUCGCAUCGUUAACGUGGAUGGCCAGGUGCAAGCUUCAAGUAACAAGGAGAAAGCGGUGAAAGACGCCCAGACCGGAGCGACGCUCGCGAGCGUCAAGGAAGCGUCGCAGUUGGAACAGCGCGGCCCAGGUGAACGGCCUCACAGCGUGUCACGCACGCAACUCGACGUGCCGGCGCUAGGCAUCCACGAAACCAAGGUAGAGGACUCCAAUAACAACAACAACAACAACCUGCAACGGCAGCAUCAGCAGCAGCAGCUUCUCCCUGGUCCUGGCCUCGCCGAGAAAAAGAACUAUGUCCCGUACUCCUGGAAUGCUGAGGAACCCGACCGUACCGACUACACCCCUACUGACCUGGCUGAAUACAUCCUGAGGACAGGAGACGAAGAAGGAGUUGCCAUUGCUGUGGAAGAGCUGCUCAGGCAAGGAAUGAUGACGCGAGAGGAGGCCAUCGUGUACCUGCAAGAUGUCAAGGCCGAGAUGAACUACAUUCGCGCUCAGCAGGAGAAGCUGCGCAAGAUCCAAGAGCUGCGUGAGGCAAUAAACAUGAAGAAGAAGGACGAAUUCAAGUCACAGCGUCGUCCGGCUGAGGCUCUUGGCACACGGGAAAUGGAGCACUCGCCCAAAGUCCCAGUUGCCUCCAAAUCAUCGCAGAAGGCGGCCCAAGCUCCUAAUGACAAGGCGGCGGCGGCAGAAAAACCGAAGUCUCCCGCCGCCAAGCCCGCAGCCUCUAAGGAAGCGACGCCGCAAGGGUCGUCAAAGGCCGGAGGAAGCAGCAAGGCAGCCGGUUCUUCGAGCCUCUCAACACCUGCGAAGACCGCCGGAGAAGACAAGAACAAGGCGUCACAGCACCAGGCCUCGGCGUCGUCAAGCGGAACACAAGCUCGGAAGCGCGGCGGUGAGAGGGUGAUGCUGCCUGGCGGUCUGGCGCCCAACAAGCUGAGCGUGCUCGAGCUCGAGCGACUGGCAGAAGAGCAGCGAGUCCGGUCGGCGCAGCAGCAGGCCGAGGAAGAUGUGCUGGGCGCGCUGAAGAAGCUGCGAGGCUCAUCGCUGUAUGACGAGUACACGCUCGAGGAAAUCAUCUACUGGCUCGCCAAGGACAUGUUUGCCCACAGCAUCGUCAAGGGGGAUCAGAGCGCCGAAGAAGCUUUGGCGAGGUUUGCAAACUUUGUGGAAACCGAGGUGUCCCAAAACAAGCUGUCUGGUGAAGUUGAGAAGAAAGUUCUCGACAUCAUGCUCGCUGCCCUGGUGGACAUGCUUCGCGAGUUUCCCAGCUCUCAGUACAGCGGUCCGGUGUCGAACCAGCUUCCUCAGCGGCUCUUUCCAGAGGCCACCGAGCAUCAGGCGGCCAAGCUCGCCAACGCCAGGGUUAGGAACGCCGCCAUCCGGCUCCGAGAAGAAAAGAAAAAGACCAUUCCAGCGGUGAUCAAGCACAAGGAAGUUCCCACAGCCUCUCAGAAGUCUUAAGAAUCAUGCUGUGAAGAGGCCAGCUGUGUGGAGUGCUUACCGUGACACCGUUGAUGACCGUGACAACACUUCACCAAAUCUUCCGAAUCACCCCACACCCGAUCUCUGACCUGUAACCAGCCGACGCUCUAAGCGUGCUCGAACCCCUACGCCAACUCCAAACCCCUUCCAUCGUUUGCCUGUACACAAGCUAAUAUUCGACAGAAUGUAUUGAAAUAUCAGGAUAGCUCCAUUGCCAUCUGGCACCCUCUCCCUGACUACGCUAAACUUGAACCUGUAUUUUUUUUCUAGAAAAUGAGAAAAGUAUUUAAAAAAAAGGGACUACGACCAGUCGACUAAAAGAAGCAACCUGUCGCUUCUGUAUAGAUGUACAAGUCGUGUUCGUGAACACCUCCGUAUCAUUCAACGGUGUGCGUGAUAUAUCUAUAAACCUCUACUGUGGUUGUGUUAUGCACUGUUGCUAGCGACAUGCACUGUUAAAAAAUUCCCGAAGAGAAUUUUCUCUCGCCUGUCUUUUUUCGAGGGGAGUCGCGAGGCUAUGUUCUUCUUUUGAAAUUUUUCCUUCACUUUGCUUACGUAAACACGCGCUGUGCAGUGUCUUCGUUCGCUUCUGAUGUACCCAUUAAAAGUAUAGAUCCUCUUGCAAAUCAAAGACCGUUCGAACUAGCCUUCGCUGCCUAUCUCAUUGAUUACCCUUCGAAGCACUUAGGCUCUCGACGCAAAUAGGUACUGUGAAUAUCAAAUUUAUUCCAAACGCACAGUUAAGUGCUCGUAACUAGUCGGUGAGUAAACGUCACAGUGUUCUGCGCAAUGAAACAAAAAAAAGCGGGUGGCUGGAGAAUGGUGGAUGGCUGAUGCUUUUGGCAAAGAAAAGAAACACCGAAGAGGUGAAGCGGGUGAUUUCGUGUAUCUUGAUAGGGGAAGUGCCAUAUAUGUGUACUGUACAACUCUAUUCCUAUCUUCCUGCUUUAGUCACAAAAGACCCCAUGGUUAUCAAUAUUUGUGUUUUGUUCUGUCUAUCUAAAGCACGUAAAUCUCACUUGUCAAGCGACUGCCAGAACGUGGGCAAGCUGUUCUUGAUUAGGCGCAAUUUCAGCUUGUGUUUCACCGUUGAAAAAACGAAAUAAAGCAAGCAUAUAUAUAUAUAUAUAUAUAUAUAUAUAUAUAGCGCACCUAGUUUUACAAGGUUAAGUAAUUCUUUUCCAAGGCACAGUCAGGACUCCAACCAAACUGUUACUCAAAGGACCCAUAGUAAUGAAAGAAACAAAACAUAAUCGAUACACGUUCUACACAGUUGAUAUGCUUAUGAAAAAGAUAAAAAAAGCAAUUCCUUCCCUUUGUUGUUGGUUGAAUGCUAUUUUUAGAACCUUUUUGCGAUUGUUGACCUUGAUGGAAGGACGCUAAUGUUGUUUGCUGACCACCUGAAAACGUGGUCGACGGUAAAGCGGCAACCAAACGAAGCGUAUAUCUGGCAAGCUUUCGGCGUGACGUCACCAGGCAUCGGCGAGCGCCUAUUUCAAGCCGAGCGCCAACAACGUUGUUACGAUGACCAGGGGUGCUAUUCCGAAUGCCGUAAAAUUGCGCAACGUUGACGUUUCGAUCAGGCAGGUCGUAUGGCAGCCCUCUUAGCCAAUCAGGAGAAGAUGGCAAAUUCGAAAAUAUGGAGAAAUUUGACAAUGUUGCUUCUCCAUGGUUCACAUAUCGACCGGGGGUCAAUAUGUGAACCAUGGAGAAGCAAUUAUCAUGUUAAACACAUUUUUCGCUCACAGCAGCAUGAGCGUUCCGGCGCCGGGACGAUGCCACGCCGGAGACAUGUCGGAAAUACGUCCCACGUGGCUUUGUCGCUUUGAUAAGACGCGGUUCCACUGAAGCGAGACAUGUAGAUAAAGAGGAAAGGAGAACUCACGUUGACAUCAAACCUUUUUCACGCAGCUCCUCCUGAGGCUUAUAUCGUAAACUCGUGCGUAUUUUGUAAACGUAGUAGGAUUGAUUUAGCGGUUGUUUUCUCUCCCGCAGCGGCGCCGCCGACGAGCCGUCGCUCACUGUUUUCACUGACACUGGUCAUAUCAUGAAUGUUGUGCACUUUCGGCUAAAAUAAAGUCACCGAAAAGAACCCUGUUUCCCUCUAGCA